AUGGGUCCCGAUAUGGCGAAGAUUCAGUACCAGAUUGCCGCUCGCAUCACCGUAUCCAACGACAUCAACGGCACACCAAAGAACCUGGCAACAAAGAUGAAGACAAUCCGCAUUGUUCCUACAGUUGAUGAGCAGCCACCAGUCAAUGUCCUCGGCGACAGUGACUACAUUCUGAGAUCCGAAAAGUCCGUUAGGAAAGGCGUGUUCAAAGGCAAACUCGGUACCUUGGUCAUCGAAGCCGAACAGCCAAAGUCACUUCGCCUACCCAAAUCAUAUAGCCCGGAAGAAUCAACCAUCAGCACAGUUGCGACCGUCAAACUACGGUUCGAUCCAGCCGGGGCGAAGUCGCAACCACCACGCCUAGGAAGCUUGAGCAGCAAACUCAAGACAACAACCUGGUAUGCUACUGGCGCACGCAUGGACAUCCCCAAGAAGAAAGACUGCCUUUACGACCACAGACAAGGUUUGCACUCAGUAAGCAUUGGACUUUCCUCACGCUGCAUGGGCUCGGUGGAAUGGAUCUCGCGACAGGAGUCAGCACUGGAUGACGAACACCUUGCUCGUCGCGACUCUGGUCUAUCGCAUCAAGACGUCCCCAAGUACGCCAGCCCAAGCACGAACUACAAGGGCCAAAACUUCUGGACCGCAGAAAUCGUGGUACCAGUUGCAUUACCCAAGGACAAGCAUUUGGUGCCCACCUUCCACAGCUGUCUUACCUCGCGCACAUAUUCGCUCAACCUCUCACUUGGAAUUCACUCUGCUGGUGUCGGCUUCCCAUCUAUCGAGUUGAAGCUUCCACUCCAGAUCUCGGCUGAAGGCAAGGGCGAAGUUGAUAUUACAUCGCGAAACUCGUCAACUAUCGAGCAGCAGUUGGCAGGGCUCGGGACCGAAGACGAGCUUUUNGCAGCGGAACACAGAGGCAGUUGGUCAUACAAUGACCUGGAAACUCCAGAAUUCACAGACCUGCCGCCAGAGUAUGAGGCAUAUCGCAGACCUAUUGUCACCGUUGCUGGAUAA